UGACUUUGAUUGUUGUGUUCUUUCAGUUUCUUUGAAGAGAGCACAAAAGGAGAACAAAAAAGAAAGGGAUGGCAAACGCAGCCCAAAUACCAACCAGUUUCGGCCAUGAGCUAAGGGCAUGCCUUCGUUGCAGGCUUGUCAAAACAUACGACCAGUUUAGGGAAUCAGGAUGCGAAAACUGCUCUUUCUUUAAGAUGGAUGAAGAUGCUGAACGUAUUGCGGAUUGCACAACUCCUAAUUUCACUGGGAUUAUCUCAGUCAUGGAUCCUAGUAGAAGUUGGUCUGCACGUUGGCUACGAAUUGCAAGAUUUGCCCCAGGUUGUUACACUCUUGCUGUCUCUGAAGCACUCCCAGAGGAUAUGCAGAAUCUGUGUGAAGAGGAGCGCAUGCCAUAUGUUCCUCCAAAACGCCAAUGAUCCAACACUCUAAUGCUCAAUGGAAACACUUGUGUGUCUACUAAGUUAGUUCACUUGUUUAGAUAUUCCUGUGAUGUGUAGUUAAUUAGAAACAUAACUAUGAGAAAGUCUUUUGUUAAUCCUGCAAUUAUCUCAAGUUGAUUCUCAAGAAUUUACAACUUUUAUUUUAUUUUCCUGGAGGAGACUUUUCAUCU